CUUUUCGGGGCUGCUCGAGUCCCCGCCGUGAGUGAUUGCGAAGCCCAUGUGCCGGUGAAGUGUCUCAAAGUGUUCGGAAAAGUGGUAGCGAGCGGAGUGCCCGGGAAGAUGGAGACGACGGACUCUUGUUCCGAGGAGAUCAACUUGACGCCGCAGGAACUUCAAGUUUUGUCGGAGCUUGACAGUCGGCAGUUCGGGUUCGUGAAGUUGAACGAGCCAGCGAACAGCAAGAAGCGGGCGCUGGUGCUGAAGGCCGUGCGUUACCUCGAGUCCCUCAUCAUCCACGCCAACAACAACAACAAGAGCAGCAGCAACAACAACAAUAACAACAACACCAACAACAACAACAACACCGCGAAGGAUGGCGGGGACGGCAAGAAGUGCUCGCUCUCGCCGACCCUCAUCAAGAAGGAGGAGCUUUCUCUGCCCAGCUCCGACACCACCCUCCUGGAGGACGUCAUCGGCCAGGACGCCCAUGACGACUCCCUGGGCGUGGGCGGCGUCCUGCUGGGGAAGCUGACCUCCUCCUCCACGCCCACCACCACCAACAGUAGCACCUCCUCGUCCUCCUCGUCCUCCUUCUCCACCGCCUCCACCACCACCACCACCACCGCCGCCUCCACGCCCCCGGCGGCGCCCGACACCAGCAUCAGCAUCGAGCCCAAGACCUACUGCAAGCUGGGCCACCUGCACCUGCUGCUCGAGGACUACCCCAAAGCGAUGUCCGCGUACCAGAAGUACUACAACCUGCGCCACAACGACUACUGGAAGGACGCCACUUUCCUGUACGGACAAGGCCUCGUCUACUUCCAUUUCAACGCUUUCCAAUGGUGAGUACAGAUGCCUCUGCCGGCCCCGAUCGCCAUCACUUUGGCGUUCUCGGUCGUGUUUGUCGCUGAGUGCCGAGAGUCUUCUUUUUCCGGUCCU